CCUCCUCUCUCUCUCUACGAAGCGAGGGUUUGUCUCAAUUUCUCUUCAAUCUGGACCUGUUCCGGCAUUGUCUGAACGUAGUUAUGGAAGAGAAUUCCCGGCCGGCGUCGCCAGAUCUCGCCGCCGCGGAGAGUUGCGGGAACCGGUUGACUCGCGCUACCUCUGUCUCCUCCUCCUCGACUCUCUCCGUCGAUAGUUGGAAAGAUUUCGCGGACCGGAGCGCGAGUAUUCGAUCGUGCACAACAUGGACAAAUGAGAAGCACAACCUAUAUCUUGGUGCUUUGGAAGCAUCAUUUGUUAAGCAGUUACACCAAUCUCGGGGUUUGCUCCCUUGGCAUUUAGAACAGAACACUCAUGAUUCAAGUCUGUAUCUGCAGCAGCCCGUUGAUGCUAGUUACUCUUCUGACCAGUUCACAGUAUUACGAGAUGGCUCUUGGCAGAAGAUCAAUUUUGAGACGAACCAGAAAGUCACCAGCUCACGGUUAUUUGGAAGACCUCAUGUUUCCUUACCUUGUAGUGAAGCUGAUUUUCAUCUUGUCACAGAAAGCCCAUGGAUACAUCAUUGUAGAUGUUCAGGUAAACAUGGCACCAUAAUAUCAACAGAUAUGCUAGAGUGCAGUGUAUCCCACAAUGAGACCGUGCCCUUGAGAGGAAAGAGGAUCUUCACUCACAGGUUGAUGUGUUCAGAACAUAAGUGUGCAUGCCACAAAUUGCGUCAGGAUACAGUUGGCAGUGUUGCAGAGGUUUCGGAUCAGAACUUUGUGGAUGAAGAUGGUGAAGAGACAUCGAACAGUUUGCCCAGACCAAAAAGAUCUAAGCUAUCUGCGAUCAACGCGUCCGCAGAAGAUCAAACUGGGAAUCCUUUUGCGGUGGAAAUGUCAGCUUCCAGUAACACCUUGUCAGACAGAGAAGAGCAAGUACGACAGGAGUGUCUGUCGGAAGAGGUGGAAGGCUCCACAUUCCCGAAACAUAACGUGAAAUCCUUUCUAAGAGAGAGUUGAGCUGUGUUAAUUGGAGUUUGAAAUGUUGCUGUAAAUGAUUCAAGAUGGCUGAAGCCUUCGAGUUCCCACCCAGUGAAUCAAAUCGGAGAGCAGCUCAUCAAGUGUUUUGCUGCAAAGCAGAGUUUUUGCUGAUUUAGAGUAGUAGGUAUGGAAUGCUGGAUAAAGUUUUUGAUUAAAUACUUUGGUGUGAGAAGAUUACUUGUUUGUGUGUGUGUGUGUGUGUAUCAGCUGGAAUACAGUGAUGAGGCCAAGUGAAAUUCAUGAUAUAUGAGAUGAGAGCUGGUUAGUGAUGUAGAAUAAAAUCUCUCUCUCUCUCUCUCUCUCUCUCAUAUGGUGGUAGGUGCAGAGUGCAAAUAUUUGAGGGGCAACUGUGUGGGUUGUCCCUAUCAAUUGUGUUCAAAAUGGUGAGAGCUUCAGAGGCAUUGCUGCUAUAUAUAGUGACAAUUUUAGGUGUUGAAAAUUUAUUUGUUCUAUU